AUGAUUGCAUUGGCUUUAGAAAGUAUAAGAACUGUUUAUCAGAGCCAUGGGAAUUGGAAUAAUGAAGUUGGGGUUUCAUUGACUUUCAUUGGGAUACCGAGGAAUGUCGGGUUUGGGGUGUUGGAGUUGGGAAGGAGCAAGAAUGUAAGGGUGAUUCUGAAUGCGGGUGCUUCACAUUUGGAGAAUUUCGCGAGUUUGGAGGAGGUUUUGAUGGCAAAGGGGGAGAUUUUGAGAGAUGCAAUGCAAGGGGACAUUUGUGUUUUGAAUGCUGAUGACCCUCUUAUCACGAGUCUUCCUAUCCCCAUGGGUGUCAAGAAGGUUGGUGAGAUUUUAACUUUAAACUUUUGA